AGUAAGCUGGGGAGUGUGACUUACCUAUAUAAACGGUUUUCUCGGUGCCUGAUAAAGAUUUAAGUCGAUUCAGCAUAAUUUUAUAAAUUAUAAUCGAUAAUUACUGGAACAGACAAUAAACACUUUCCACAUGACAAUUUCUUACCCGGUGAAAAGUUUCCUGUCCUGUGCCAUAUGUCUAAGUAAGGCCGUUUCUUUUUCUUUAUUUUUUUUUUAUUUUUUGUUGUUGUUUUUAACCACUGUUUCUUAAUUUUUCAAGUUCCCUGCAACGCUCAGCAAGUUGAGAAUAAACCCAUUGCUGAAGUUGAAGAACAAAAAAAUCCUUAUGACUUCUGCAAAGGUAAAAUAGAUGGAAAUUAUGCCGAUCCUGCAAAGUGUACGGGCUUCAUAUCGUGUGUGGAUCAAAUGACAUAUUUUCAACUCUGUCCAAGUGGCCUUCUAUUUAACGCGACAACCAGACAAUGUGAUUACUCAGAUCAAGUCGACUGCAAUGCUGCUCUCAAUAGCAAAGAAAACGCUGAACUAAAUACAGAUGAAAGAAAAAAUCUUAUGCAAGAUGGAGUGUGUAAAGUCGAUGGUCGAACUUUUCAAAAAAAGCAGAAUUUUACAUUACAAAAUUGUAACGGAAAAUGCAUAUGCGAAGGUCCGGCAUAUCGUUGCGUGUCGUUAUGUGCUCCAUUAGGGCAAGAUUGUCCAAAUGAAAAAUAUUUAGUAGAACGACAGGUUAUGGUUUCACAAGACCCUACGUGUUACUGCACGUAUGUUCUAUGUUCCGCAAUGGGACGAGGAUAAUCUCGCCUGAAACAGGCAUUUAAAGUUAUAAUUGAAGUUGCGAGAUAAGUAAUGUUAGUGUAACUUAAAAUAUAAAAUAAAAGUAAAACUUCUUUGCGGUCUCUUUGGAAGUGGUGAAACUGUAAUAAUAUUAUUGACUAAGAGGACAGACAUUAUCACAUGUAUAAUACGACCGCUCAAAAUUGAGUGUUUAACAGAAAAUUUUUAAAAUUCGAAAAUAAUUUCGAAUGUUAUCAAAACAAAACAUUCGGAAGCGCAUCUCUCUUAUGCGUAAACAAAGAUUUUUGUCUUAAUCUUGUCUGUCUAUGACUUGCAAAUCCAGUUUUAGUUUCCACAUGUUUCUACGACAACAGUUAUAAAUUAAAAUGUUCCACUAACUUUAUUUAUUAUGUAAAAGUCACGGUAAAUUAAAUUUUAUUGUUUGUUCCCUUUGUCUCUUUACUUUAAGUCGAUUGUUGUCAAUUUCAUUAAAAAAAGUUUUUAUUUAUUUCCGCCAUUUAUAAAAAAUUUUUACAGCAAACUUUUUGAAAA